AUGUCGCCGUCAACGUCUCAUAUUUCGAGCCAGCUGCGGCAGCUAAUAUACUACCAUCUGGACAACAACUUGAUCCGCACGGCCCUCUUCCUCGCCGGUCGCCUGCACGCUUACGAGCCUCGAACGUCGGAAGCUUCAUACCUACUCGCCCUGUGUCACCUUUUGAAUGGCCAAGUGAAAUCGGCGUUGGAUUACAGCAGAAACUUCGGAUCGCGGGGUACCCACCUGGGCUGUUCAUAUGUAUACGCGCAAGCUUGCUUGGAUUUAGGGAAAGAUCUGGACGGCAUCAAGGCUUUGGAACGGAGCAAGAGCCUGUGGGCUUCGAAAAACCAUUGGAACAAGCACAAUGAAACGCGCAGGCAACAUUUACCGGACGCGGCUGCCGUGAUGUGUCUGCUGGGUAAAUUGUGGUACGCGCACAAAGAAAACACCAAGGCGGUAGACUGCUACGUCGAGGCCUUGAGGUUGAAUCCGUUCAUGUGGGAUGCCUUUAUGGGAUUAUGUGAAACUGGUGUCAACGUCCGUGUCCCUAACAUCUACAAAAUGAAUUCCGAUCUACUCGCGGUCGUCUCUUCCUCGAUGCAGGAGGACGCCGAUCUUGCCGCCUCCGAUAAGGCCACCCCUGCAGCCGGCCCCCUGCAAUCGCAGGCAAACACAAAUUCCACCAUGGACCCGUUUUCAUCUGCGACGUCUAGAGGCGAAUCGAAUCUCACACACGGAAGCUCGGUUUUAUGGGAGAAGUUAAACGGAAGUACGGUCAGCGUGGCCUCCACAGGGGCGUCGGGACCGAUGGUACACGAAGGAACCGAAACACCGGGCGGCCAAAGCAGUGAAUCCGAUGAGUUCCGCAUCGGCCAUGGCGCGGGGACUACCGAUGCACCGAUGGAACCACCCCUUGCUCCUACGCGAAAGAAUCGCACCAUCCAAUCAGUGGGCGCCGACCAUGGAAUGGAUCCGCCUCCCAAGAUGAAGCCCACGGGCAUCCGGCAGAGAACAAGGACGAAGGUUGAGCCGGAGGAGCACGUAAACUCCCAGGCAGAAAAGGAAUCGGUCCCAAGCUCCCGCGUCGGAGACCGCAAACGAACGGUUUCUGGUCAGGUAGCUCACUCGUCGACGUCACAGCCCACAGAGCCGGGAGCGCCGCAACGCCGCAGCGUACGACUUUUCAAUCAGAUCAAACCGACGACGAGCAAACUUUCGGGAGCGGCGCUAGGCAUGAAAGACGGUCGCGAGUUGAAGAAGGUUAAGGCUACCGGAGCCAAGGGACGCACGACAACGGCACCGACCAUGGGUCGCGUGGUCAGCGGCAGCAGGAAGCAGGCGAGUGACAUCCAUGACAGUGACGGCAGAGAACACCGAACCACGUCUAUGCAUAGCGGGACCCAGCAUACAUCAUCCCGAGCCGCCACGAUGGAGAAGUCGAAGUCGAUAGAGGCACUCACGUGGUUGCUAGAACUAUUCUCCAAGUUAGCCUCAGGGCAUUUCGCCUUGACUCGGUAUAGGUGUUCCGAGUCUAUUCAGAUUUUCAACGCGCUUUCGCAAGGGCAACGAGAGACGCCAUGGGUUCUUUCGCAGAUCGGCCGGGCGUACUACGAACAAGCGAUGUACUCCGAAGCCGAGAAAUACUUCGUUCGGGUGCGCGCCAUGGUGCCGUCCCGCUUGGAGGAUAUGGAGAUCUACUCUACUGUUCUGUGGCAUUUGAAAAACGACGUCGAGUUGGCAUAUCUUGCGCAUGAACUGAUGGACGUGGAUCGUCUGUCGCCUCAGGCAUGGUGUGCGAUUGGCAACUCAUUCUCCCACCAACGGGAUCAUGACCAGGCGUUGAAAUGCUUCAAGCGGGCCACUCAAUUGGAUCCUCAUUUCGCAUAUGGGUUUACUCUACAGGGACACGAGUAUGUCGCCAACGAGGAAUAUGACAAGGCACUUGAUGCGUAUCGCCACGGUAUCAGCGCCGACAGCAGGCACUACAACGCGUGGUACGGCCUGGCCACGGUGUAUGACAAGAUGGGCAAGCUUGAUUUCGCCGAACAACACUUCCGCAAUGCGGCCUCAAUCAAUCCCACCAACGCCGUGCUCAUCUGCUGCAUCGGUCUCGUGCUGGAGAAGAUGAACAACCCCCGCGGUGCGCUGGCCCAGUACGGACGUGCCUGCAUGCUCGCACCGCACUCCGUCCUUGCCCGAUUCCGCAAGGCUCGCGUGUGCAUGAAGCUUCACGAGCUGAAAGCCGCCCUGACGGAACUGAAGAUCCUCAAGGAUAUGGCCCCGGAUGAGCCCAAUGUACAUUAUCUCCUGGGCAAACUGUACAAGAUGCUGCAUGACAAGGGGAACGCCAUCAAGCACUUUACGACGGCUUUGAACCUGGAUCCCAAGGCGGCACAGUAUAUUAAGGACGCCAUGGAGUCCCUGGAUGACGACGAGGAGGACGAUGAAGAUAUGGCGUGA